AUGCAGAUCUUUGUGAAGACCUUGACGGGCAAGACCAUCACGCUGGACGUGGAGCCGUCCGACAGCAUUGACAAUGUCAAGCAGAAAAUUCAGGACAAGGAGGGAAUCCCGCCUGACCAGCAGCGUCUGAUCUUCGCUGGCAAGCAGCUCGAGGACGGCCGCACGCUCUCGGACUACAACAUCCAGAAGGAGUCGACCCUCCACUUGGUGCUGCGUCUGCGUGGUGGUGCCAUUGAGCCCACGCUCGCCGCCCUGGCCAAGAAGACCAACUGCGAGAAACAGAUCUGCCGUAUCUGCUACGCGCGUCUCCCGCCCCGUGCCACCAACUGCCGCAAGAAAAAAUGCGGCCACAGCAACCAGCUGCGCAUCAAGAAGAAGCUCAAGUAA